AUGGCAUCCCGGGCCCUUCUGGAGUUCCAGUCCCCCAACCAGAGUCAGGUCUUCCCUCCAAACAUAACAUCUUGUGAAAAUGCACAGGGAGCCUGGGACCUGCUGCACAGGGUGCUGCCAGCACUCAUCAUCACCAUCUGCUUCUUCGGCCUCUUGGGAAACUUCUUUGUCCUGUCCGUCUUUCUCCUGCCUCGGUGGCGUCUCAAUGUGGCAGAAAUCUACCUGGCCAACCUGGCGGCUUCUGACCUGGUGUUUGUCCUGGGCUUGCCCUUCUGGGCAGAGAACAUCUGGAACCAGUUCAACUGGCCUUUCGGGGUCGUUCUUUGCCGCGUGGUCAACGGGGUCAUCAAGGCCAACUUGUUCAUCAGCAUCUUCUUGAUGGUGGCCAUCAGCCAGGACCGCUAUCGCAUCCUGGUGUACCCCAUGGCCAGCUGGAGGCAGAGGCGGCGACUACAGGCCCAGGCUACCUGUGCCCUCAUCUGGGCCGUGGGGGGCCUCUUGAGCAUCCCCACAUUCUUGCUGCGAACUGUUGACGAUGUCCCCAGCCUGAACAUCUCAGCCUGCGUGCUACAGUUCCCCCAUGAGGCCUGGGCCUGGCACAUUGCGAGGAUGGUGGAGUUGAACGUGCUGGGUUUCCUCCUGCCACUGGCUGCCAUUGUCUUCUACAACUACCACAUCCUGGCCUCCCUGCGCAGGCAGGCAGAGGUCCGCAGGACGCUGUGUGGGGGGCCCACGGACGGCAAGACCACAGCGUUGAUCUUCACGCUUGUCAUCACCUUUGUGGUGUGCUGGGCCCCUUACCACUUCUUUGCCUUCCUGGACUUCCUGCUCCGGAUGCAGGCUCUCCAUGGCUGCUUCUGGGAGGAGUUCUCGGACCUGGGCCUGCAGUUUGCCAACUUCUUCGCUUUCAUCAACAGUUGUCUGAAUCCGGUGAUUUAUGUCUUCAUGGGUCAGCUUUUCAGGACCAAGGUCUGGGAGCUUUAUAAGCAGUGUACCCUGAGAAGUACAGCUCCCAUGUCCUCGUCCCAUAGGAAAGAGAUACUCCAACUUUUCUGGAGGAAUUAAAAUAAAAGUGAGUCAAGAAGCUCAAUGUCCUUAUACGUUAUUUCUACACAACAAAUAGUACUGUGGUCAGCUGAACAAUGACCCCCAAGAGACCCACAUCCUGCAUACUGUGAAUACUACCUUUAAGGGUCAAGGGGACUUUGCAGAUGUGGUGAAAUUAAGGAUCCUGAGAUGAGGAGAUUAUUCUGAAUUACUUGGGUAAUCACAGAAGGAGAUUUGAAAACAGAAAUAGGAGAUGUCCCCAGAAACCCUUUUAACUAAGUAUUUAAGUCACUCCUGAGGCUCACUCUUCAGCCAAAGAUUAGACACGCCCAGAAAACAAACAGUAGCUCAACCAUGUAUACAAGACAAAAUGGGCACACCAGCCCAAGGGCAAGGACGAGAAGGUAGGAAGGGACAGGAAAGCCAGACGAAUGCAAAUGGGGAACUCGAGCUUGAGAAGGAGAGGGUGUUGACACGUCAUGGAGUUGGCAACCAAUGUCACAAAACAAUAUGUAUAUCAAUUGUUUAAUGAGAAACUAAUUUUCUCUGUAAACCUUCAUCUAAAGCACGAUUAACAAAAAAAAAAAAAGGAAAUAGGAGAUGUGGUGAUUGAAAAGAGAGGUCAGAGGGGUGUGAGGAAGGGAUCAUGAACUAAGGAAUGUAAGCCGCUCCAGAAGCUGGAAAAGGAAAUGGGUUCUCUGGUAGAGCCUCCAGAGGAACACAGCCCUGCUAACACCUUGACUUUAACCCAUUGACACUAGUUUUGGACUUCUGGUCUCCAGAACUGUAAGAGAAUAAAUCUGUGUUGUUUGAAGCCAAGUUUGUGGUAAUUUGUUACAGAGGCAAUAGGAAUACAAAUAUCCAGCAAGGGUCUAUUAUUACAUUUCCGUUUAUCCACUCAAAAAACGUCAGGCU